AUGUCGCAAUGGGGCCACGCAAAAGACAAGGCCGUGCAGCGGAAGCGGCCGGAAGGUGCAGCCAAGAAAGAAGAAGACGAGCGCGAGCGGGCCCGUUUGCAUCGUCUGACCAAACUGAAGAAGAAGGGAAAGAAAACGUUGCCCAAGAGCGAGCCGCUGCGGCCUCUGGACGAAGCGGGCUUCGAGUGGCCGAGCUUGUUCUACAUCAAGGUUGCACAGAGUCAAGACGCCGUGCCGAACUUUGCGACGUUCGACGCGACGAUGGACCUUUGGACCGUCAAAUCGGCCGGCAAGGAUGUCAUGUGGACCUCGGCUUUGGAACGGCGGCUCUUCAUUGUUGCGCGCGCAUUGCGGACCGAUGAGCCACCGUAG